AGGAGGAAAACUUCGGCAACAAUGGCGGAGGGUGCAACGUCUCUGAAAGGACUGCGAGCACAAAUGGCUGCGCAGGCGCAGGCGCAGGCAGAGGAGCGGCGCAGCCUGGCGGGGAACAGUCCAGGGCCUACAGCCACAACCAGCACAUUGAAGAACCAGGCAAAACCAGUUCUUGAUGGAUCAGCCCUCAGAAUAGACGACAGACUGAGAGUGGCGAAAGAGAGGAGAGAGGAACAGGAAAAACAGCAAGCGGCCCGCGAGUCCCAGAUUCUGGAACGGGAACGCAAGGCGAAGCAGCAAGUGGAGCGGCAGAUGGAGGAGAGACAGAAGAAGUUGGAGGAGCACCGCAGGAAAGAGGAGCAGAGGAGGGCCGCUGUGGAGGAGAAGAGAAAGCAGAAAUUAGAGGAGGAGAAGGAGCACUAUGAGGCCGUGAUGCGACGCACUCUGGAGCGCAGUCAGAGGGUGGAGCAGAGACAGAAGAGGUGGUCUUGGGGAGGUCUCACAGACUCUGACAGCAGAACCGGCGAGAGCGAAGCCACGAGCACCUCCUCCCCGGUCGCUAUAGUAAUCUCCCCAGCCUCUCCAGUUUCCAAGCCUCCCAGAAGUCAUACACAACAAGUCGAUAAGCGUUCCACCUCCACGAUGAACCUGAAACAGCAGGCCGACUCGGUCAUCAACAAACGUCUGUCCUCGUCCUCCGCCACACUCCUCAACUCCCCUGACAAAAGUGCUAAACGGAGGAGUUCGUCUUUGAACCGGUUGCCUAGCAAUGCCUCUCAGCCAUCUAAGGAAGCGCAAAAGCAGCCUCAGGUGGAACAGACAGGCCCCGCUCUGAAGAAAAGGAGCUCUUCGCUGUCACGAGUAGGGAGUAAUGCCCGGUCCAACCCGGCCAAAGUAGAAAAAAGCACGCCGGAAAAACCAGCUCGUCGUCCCUUGGCCAGCCCAGUGGACCUCAGUCGCCUCCUCACACCUACCCAGGCCUCACUAGCUAGGAGCAAGAGUGCUGCAGCCCUGUCCGCUGAAGGAGCAGAUGGCCCAGAGUCUCACCUGUGUCCUCGCUCAGCCUCGGCCAGCCCCCUGACCCCCCCGACCCGCGGACCCCUGCGCAGCCGCAGCACCGACCGCCAGAAAGGCCCCCCCACCUCCGUCUCCGCCGACGGCAUCUCGGACAUGGCCCAGAAGAGUGAAAAGGACAAACGCUUUACAUCCCCAGGAGGGAAACGCCCUCCCUCACCCUCCAAUGUACCUGGCCGUCACCGCUCCCCGUCUCCUGCCCCUCUGUCCGCCAGCAAAAGAGCCCCCUCUCCAGGAGCUAACAAGCAAAGUCCACGUAAUCGCCCUCCUUCCCCUAACGCAACGAAACAGCGGCCUCCGUCCCCACAGCCCACACCUACCUCCAAACCUCCGCCCAUCCAGAAGCCGGCCCUCACGCCCACCGGCCCCCCUACCUUGCGCAAAAGAGAUUCCAAACCAAAGGACAUGUCCCCCAUGCAACCAGUCAUCCCCCAGUCUCCUGACAGCAGCACCCCCAGCCCAGCCCCCAGUGCCAAGACCAAAGAAGAUUCCAGCUCCAAAGCCACAGCGGGCACUAACUCUGCUGCAGAGGCCGCCAAGAUCCUGGCUGAGAACCGACGGCUGGCGCGUGAGCAGAAAGAGAGAGAGGAGCAGCUCAGGAUACAGAGAGAAGAGGAGGAGAGGAUAAGAAAGGAGGAGGAGAGACGUCAGGCGGAAGAGGAACGAGUGAGGCGUCAGGAGGAGGAGAGGAGGAUGGCAGAGGAGAGGAAGAAAGAAGAGGAGGAACAGGCUCGUAAAUCAGAGGAGGAGAGACAGAGGUUGGAGCUGGAGGAGCAGCAGAGACAAGCAGAGCUACAGAGAGAGCGUGAGGAGGCAGAGGCAAAGGCCCAGGAGGAGGCAGAGAAGCAGCGUCAGGAGAGAGAACGGAUCAUGCAGCAGAAUCAGCAGGAACGUAUGGAGAGAAAGAAGAGAAUUGAAGAAAUUAUGAAGAGAACUAGGAAAACAGACCAAAAUGACUUGAAGGCAAAUGAAGAGAAAAACAUGCCAGAUGAGAAUGGAGAGGAAGGAGAAGACCAGAUAAACUGUGACAGCAUGGAGGACAGGCCCGUGAUGAUGAGCGAAGGCACUGAGGACAGAGACCAGUCCAGCACGGGUGAACGGGACGGGUCACCAACCUUAACGCUCUCAGAGAGGGAACAACCACUGGGCAGUGUAAACGGACAAACUCCAGAGGAGGACAAGGAGAACAACAAUGGACCGGCUGCAGACGAACACCCGGAAGUCAGUAGUCCUGCACCAAAGGGGCGUCUGGUGGAGGGCUCGGAGUUUGUGAAUGAGGACUCUAAGGUGGAGCAGAUGCCCGGCGUGAACGGCAAAGCCGGGCCGUGGAGCUUUGAGGAGCUAAUUGACCUUGGGGUCCACGCCAAAGGUCGGCCCCUCAUGCAGACAGACGGCUGUAAUCAAGGACUGACCGACUGUGAGGGGCCAGAAGGCCCCAGGGUGGCCUUUGAAGAUAAACCUGCUCCUGUGAACUCCCUGCAUCCCAGUCAACCCAUUGAAGCCCUAACUGAGAUGUGAGAGUCUGGUUCCUGUCGAGGACCGAGGAUAAUUGCACUCCAUAAAUCCUGUCCAGCUGAGCUCCAGAUGUGCUGACUUCAUCUGGACAGCCAGGCAAACCCAGGGGAGGGGCACAGAGCAAGGCAUAGA